AUGCAAGCUAGUAUCAGGUUUCAGCUUGUUUCGCUGAAUUUUAAGCGACAAUUCAGCGUUUCUAAAAUCACACAUUCACACAUCGGAUCUCUUCCUGUAUUCACCACACGAGAUACAAAAUUCGAGUUGUCCGAACUUAGACCACCCAAUGUCAUCAGAAAGGGUAAUAAGUCGUUGACGCUUUCGCAGAUUCUGUCAGUAACAGGCCCCAAAGGGAAGCUCUCGAUGCAGGUGCCCGAAUUCGUCAAGAUUAAAGAAGACGUUGAGAACGGCAAAAUCUCGGUUUCAGUGCAAAACGAAACGGACAAGAUGCAAAAAGCACUGUGGGGCACCGUGAGAAGCCAUUUGAAUAACCAUGUGGUGGGCGUGAACGAGGGCCAUAUGGCAGUGCUAAAAUUCGUGGGGACAGGUUACCGUGCGCAAUUGCAACAGGAGGGCAAAUUUGUCAGUGUAAAGGUCGGGGCUUCCAUUAUGCAAGGCCUUCCGGUGCCCGAGGGUAUCAGCGUCACGUCACCAACGCCUACCUCGCUAAUCAUAGAAGGCUGUAAUAAGCAACAGGUUUAUCUUUUCGCGGCAAAUCUGAGAAAGUUCCAUCCUCCUGAGCCUUACAAGGGUAAGGGCAUCUACGUUAACGACGAGAAGAUCGUCUUGAAGGACAAGAAGAUCAAGUAG